UUCAAAGAGAAAGAGAGGAAGAACUAGCAAGAUUCUUGAAAGAGUUUCUCAGUCAGUAUGUCCGUGGUGAUAAAAAGGGAUUUUUCCAGCGUGCAGAAUCUGAAGCGAGACGACUCUCUAAUGCAGGUUGAUCGAAGUUCUUAUUCCCACCGCAAAUACAUGCAAAUGCUCAUCAUGACAUGCCAUAGCUCAAUGUAUGCCACUUAAAAGAAACAUGACACGGAAUCCGAUUCUUGAAUAUCUUUUACCCAGCGGCUUUGAGAUUUUAAGCGAAGUUGAUUAUGAUAUUAAGAAAUUAAAUAUUGUAUGAUAUUUCUGGUCCUCUCAUCCUGUAGACCUUGAAUAUAUCACAAGGGUAAAAUAACGACUUCGCAAUUGAGAAACUUGGUUGGUAGCAUGUCAUUGCAUGCACACUAAAUGUUGUCACCAAAUUGCUGCCAUUUUUACGCCCCGAUCAAAUCGAUACCAAAUCGUCGCCAUUGUUUAUAUGCAGCUUUUGGAGUUGAUAUGUUACAUACUAUCGGUUAUAUAUACUCCAGACAGGCAGCGCAAGAACUAGGGAAAAAGGCUAUAUAUCUUGGCGUGCCAUUUUUAGGAGAAUGGGUUCGGAACAAAGGACAGUGUUGGAAGGCACAAUCCACAGCUGCUAAAGUUACCGCAGCUUCAAGAGGACGUCCGCAAGCAAUCUAAAAUGGAUGGUAGUGGCGCUGAAAUUAAUGUUGAGUCCCAUAUUCGCCUUAAUAAGGAUACGUUGAUGAGUUCCUUGUGGAAAUUAAAUGUGGUCGACAUAGAAGUAACACUAGUACAUGUGUGUCAAAUGGUCCUUAAGGAAAACAAUGUCAAGAAAGAAGAACUUAAAGCUCGGGCUAGAGCCCUCAAAAUUCUCGGGAAGAUAUUUCAGAAUGAAGUCUUUUGUGUAUUUUAUAUUCUAAAUGAAUACUAUAAUUACGAUUUGAGGAAAAGAAAUCGAAAGGAGGUACAAAAUCAAAGAAGAAAACUGUCGCUGAUUCUGAUGAUGAAGGAAAUAGUUCUGAUUCAUCUGAUGAUGAAUCACCCAGAGCUUCAUUUUUCAAUCAGGGUAUAGAAAAGCUCUUCAAAUGCCUCUGUAAUCCAGCAUUUGAUGAGGAUGACGGAUAGUUUUCAUAAGCAAAUGAUGCAUGCCAGAUGUUGACGCUGAGGUUCGUGAAACAAGAAUAUCAGCCCUUGUUCUGCAUUUUGCUUUCGUGAUGAUAGUUAUAGUAAAAGGUCAUACUGUCUUGCAGAGUUUCGGAGGAACUGUGGUGCCAGCCAUGUGUAAUUUGUCAUUGGUGUAAUCAUUUAAAAACGCAUCGUUUUCAUCA